AUGUUGUCUGAUGAUAUUCAGAAUAUUGACAAUUGGAAACAACAAUUAAAACAAUUUCCCGACUGUAUAUCUGAUAAACAAAUCAACUGUUUUGAAGCUGGAGAUUCACGUGUUAUGGAAAAUCUUGUUUUAACGGGAAACAAUAUUUACGACAUGUACUUUCCAGAUAUACCAAGUCAAUACAAUCCACAAUCACCUUCAAUUUGGAUCGAAUUUGCUGCUGCAGCAUUUCGUUGUCAUACAUUUGUUCGUGAUUUGUAUAGUCGCGCAACGCCUGAUUAUAAAGUUAUCGAUGCAAAAUUAUUAUGGGAUAUCAGUCAUCAUGCCACAAUAGCUUGGGAUUUUGAUAAUGGUGGUUUAGAUGCAAUUACUCGAGGUUCUGUCUACGAUUUUGGUUCAGUAUGGAAUGCAAAUUUUGUCGAUCAAAUAAGACACCAUUUAUUUGAAACAAUAACUAAUACAAAGGCUGAUACAAAACGUUUUGAUUUACCAGCAAUGAAUAUAAAUCGUGCACGAGACCAUGGUAUUAAUGGUUAUAAUGCUUAUCGGGAAUGGUGCGGUUUUAAACGUGCUCAGAAUUUUCAACAAUUUUUAAAUUUUGUUAACGUUGAAGAAAUUGAAGAUUUGAAAACAACAUAUCCGUACGUAUUUUGCAAAAUCUUUCAUUUAAAUAAAGUUUAUGAAAAUGAUUCAUUUAUCGUAGACAUCCAGAUGAUGUAUGUCGAUUUGUGGGUUGGUAUAAAUAUGGAAAAUCCUGUUCGAGGAGGACUUAUUGGAUCAACAGCAGCAUGUAUCAUUGCUCAACAAUUUCUUAAAAUUAAAGUAGCCGAUCGAUUCUACUAUGAACAUCCAGGCGUUUUCACUCCAGAACAGUUACGUUCAAUUAAAUCGUAUCCAAUUCGAUGUUUUAUGUGUACGACAAUUGAAAUACAAUUGAUGCAACCGAAUCCGCUUUUGCCACCAUCUCAUCCAGGAAAUAGUCAAUUGUCAUGCGAUCAAUGUCAACAAUUUGAUCUUCGUGCAUGGUAG